CUAUGUUCUCUUCACAGUCCUUCAUCAACAUCUCCUUCUUCCAGCCACAGUCUUUCCUCAUGACUGGCAUCCCAGGGCUAGAGGCCAUCCAUGGCUGGAUCUCCAUCCCCUUCUCCUCCAUGUACACUGUGGCACUCACUGGAAACUGCCUCAUCCUUCUGGCUGUGAAGAGGACCCAUAGCUUACACCAGCCCAUGUACUACUUCCUGUCCAUGCUGGCCCUAAGCGAUGUGGGCCUCAGCUUGUCCACACUGCCUUCCACUCUGGGUGUGCUCUGGUUUGACUAUCGAUUCAUUGGCUUCCAUGCCUGUCUGAUCCAGAUGUUCUUUCUGCAUUUCUUCUCUGUAGUGGAGUCUUCAGUACUCUUGGCCAUGUCAUUUGACCGCUUUGUGGCUAUCUCCAACCCACUGCGCUAUGCAUCUGUCCUCACUAAUAAUGUCAUCAUAAGGAUUGGUGCGGCCAUUACGACCCGAGCUACUUUGUCCCUCUUACCUCUUCCUUUCUUGUUGAAGCGACUAAACUACUGCCCUGGCAAGAUCCUCCUGUCUCACUCAUUCUGCUUCCAUGCUGAUGUCAUGAAGCUGGCCUGUGCUGACAUUACUGUCAACAUCUUAUAUGGACUCUAUGUGGUUCUAUCCACAGUGGGUGUAGACUCUUUGCUUAUUGUUAUGUCCUAUGCACUGAUUCUUCACACAGUAAUGGGGCUAGCCUCUCCCAGGGAGCGCGUUCGGACCCUCAACACAUGUGUUUCCCAUAUCUUGGCAGUCUUGGUCUUUUACAUUCCAGUCAUAGGUGUGUCCAUGAUCCAUCGUUUUGGUAAGCACCUGCCCCACAUUGUUCAUGCCCUUGUAGCAUAUGUGUACCUUGUGGUGCCUCCUGUGCUCAACCCCAUCAUCUACAGUGUCAAGUCCAAGCCCAUCAGGGGGGCCAUGUUCAGAGUGUUAAGUAGGAAAAGCCAAGGCUAAUAAACUUAAAAUAUAUCACAAUUUGGGCAAAAUAAAAGAAAGCCAUAGGAAGCACUGGAA